AUGCAAACCAAUUCUUCAUCGACGACAACUGAUUCACAACACUCGUCGAAUGUCAAAAGUCAGCUUGAGAAUUACAAGUACAUUUGGUCCACAUUGAACUGUGAUCCUUUACCAGUAAAUCAUUUAACAGAGGAAGAACAGUUAAAAGAAUAUAAACAAGCGUAUGAAAAACAUUGUGCUUCCUAUAUCUAUCAAGAUUUAAUCGAGUUAUACAAGGAAAAGGGAAUAUUGAACAGUGAACAGAAAUUAUAA